UAAUCACAAAGGUCACAUUUAACUCCAUUUUGUAAUGGCACAGGGCACAUUUCAAAUUGAACGUCCAGUUUGAAUAUUUGGUGGACCUCAUCCGCAUGCAACAUAUUAGAGGUAAAAAAAAGUAGAGAAGCGGUUACCACCUUGUUUUUGAGGCAACCAAAGUGCAGGACGAAAAUAACCUUGUCUAUGGAAUAAUCUAACCUCACUUUAAUUGCAAUAUGGACUUCAACUUUUCGACUGCAAGUGAGGACCCCGAAAAGUCGACUUUUGGCUACGUACUCCUGACAGCAACAGGCGGUCUUCUCGCCGCCACCUGCCUCGUGACCGCCUCGUUCGUGAGCCCCGCGUUUCGCAAGCACUGCCUUCCCUUCGUUCCCGCGACGAAUCAGCAGGUGAGGAACGUUCUGCUCGCGCUUAAAAAUCGCAAGGGUCCGGUUAUCGAUAUCGGCUCGGGCGAUGGGAGAAUCGUGCUCGAACUGGCGAAGAACAACUACGACGUGCACGGAGUGGAGCUAAACCCGUGGCUGGUCGCCUACUCAAGAAUCGCCGCUUUCUGCGGCGGGCUCAACGUGAAGUUUUACGUCAGAGACCUGUGGAAGUUCCGGCUAUCCGCCUACGAUAACAUCGUUAUUUUUGGUGUCGAACAGAUGAUGGUCGACUUUGAGAGGAAGCUUGUAUCGGAGUGCAAAGAGGAUUGUAACGUGGUGGCUUGCCGUUUUCCGCUACCAAAUAUGACCCCGGAACGUGUUAUCGGAAUUGGAAUCGACAAGGUGUGGGUGUAUGUCAUAAAUAAGAGGACUAUUGUCUAGUGUGGCGUAUCAGGAGCCCAACAAAUUCCUGUCAAUUAUGUUCUCCUGUAGGUUUAGGUGAGGAUAGUUGUGAAGACGAUUAUUAUUUGUACUUAUUAUUGAGUAUCAGGAGCACAGAAAGCUGUGAAGUUACCACCAGUUCUGUUCUCUUGAUACUCCCUGACUAUUAUAUUUGUAAAAGAGAUAAUAUAUUUAAGUUUUCACCAUAAGAAA